AAUUGCAGAAUUUAAAUGUUAAUAUGCUGACAUUUUUGGUCCACUGAAGACAUGUCCAAUGGUUCAGCCCAAGAGAAACAUAUAUUCUAAUAUUUCAAAUAUUCUCCAAAAAAGUUUUAAAAUUCCUGGUAAAAUAUGCAUUUUUUUUUCUACAUAGAUCUGAAAGGAAUACAAUUGAUUGGAAAUUGUGUAAAAAGUAUUCAUUGUUAUUACACAAGUGCAUUCUUUUUUUAUUUAUUUUUUUAUGUUUUUUUAAAGAGGGGGUGUAACUAUCAGAGUGAAUGUGGGCAGGACAGUGAUUCAUCCAUCACUGAGCUGCAGCUGCAGACACUAACACUCACACCUAAUACACGUAUCAGCAGGCCAUUCAACAGUACAAUGUGAAUAGAAAUAAUAAUCAAACCUAAUUAUCUAACUGACCUAACUCUAUCUAAGGUCACUGUUGCACUUUACUAGCUAUUGUUUUUAUGACAAAAAAAAUAUACAAUAAUAAACGUGCACUGGAAAACAAACAAACAAACCCAGCAGCUGACUGAUGACCACCAAGAAUAAACUGUAUGUACCGUGGGACUGGUCUGGACCAGUCACAGGUUCCCACGACCCCUCCUCCUCCACACACACACACACACACACACACACACACGGAGGCAACAUAGACUCACAGCAGUGAGGGAACACGGGCAGAGCAGCUUUGCACCACUUUCAUAGAGACUGAUAUUUACUACAACAUCUUGAUUCACCCUGAGCAGCAGCAACAACAGUCAGCAGCAACAACAGUCAGCAGCAACAGUCAGAGCAGGGGUGAAACACCUCGUCAAUCUGCUGGUGCUGAGAUUAAAAAAAAAAAAAAAGUAUGGCUGUAGUAACGGAUCAAAGUGGAACAGUGGGAAUUAUCGCGGAACUCUGGCUGAUCGAUCCGGACCAUAUCGUGGGUCCAGUUUUUGACUGGGAUUGACGAGUCAAACAAGCCACAGGAUGACGGCGACCAGUCCAGUCUCCAGCCCCACCUCCUCCCACUCCACCCACUCCUCACCUGCCUGCCUCCCAGCAUGCACCAGGCACUUGAAGAAGGGCCCAGAUCUACAGACCAAAUUACACCUGCGCUCCGCCCCGGGUGUGUGGCUCCUGCUGGGGGUCUUUGUGGUCCUGGUGGGGAUGAGCGUGGCAGUGGCCGGCUACGUCACCACGACGCCCAGGCCCGUGGGCGGCCGUGGCAGCACCCACGCCGAAAGGAUGAAACUGACCGGGCCAGUGGUGAUGGGAGUGGGCCUGUUCAUCUUCAUCUGCGCCGCAACGCUGCUGUACGAGAACCGGGACCGCCGGCUCCGCAGGCAGGAAACGGCCGACGACCUGGAGGGCCUGAAGGGAGGAAACAGCUGGGAGGACACUCUGGAACAGCCCAGCUGGGAGGGCAGGGGUGAGGAGCAGCGGUUCUGGGCCGUACAAGCCCACACACUCCCCCUUUCGAACCAAAACCUGGUGCCGCUUCUCCCCCCUCCCUCUCUGCCUCCCCCUCACAGACACAUCGGUGCCAGCAGACCAUCGCUGAUGCCUUCAGUGGACGCAGGCUGUUUAGAUAAACAGAAGCUGGACAGGAGGGAGGAGACGGAGGUCGUGGGGAGGUCGACGUCCACCCUGCUGGCUCAAGUGCUGCACCACCAGGAGCCGUCUCCUCUCCCUGGUUCCCCCGGCCUCUCCGUCUCUAACUCCUCCAUUUACUCAGACACUUUUAACUCCAGCGAGGUCCACUUCAACAUACGGACAGACCCUCCGCCGCCGCCUCAACCAUAGACACAACAUUCUGUCGCCACAACACGGAACAGGUUGAAGAAAAAAAAAAACUCUCUUGAAUCACUUAAUCUUUUCACAAACUACGACGACUGAGUGUCACCUGAAGUAAUUCACGUGGAACAUGACACAUUUCAACAGCUGUGCACUGUAGAUCACUUCACUGUCCAUCCACUAGUCAGCGCUAUAACACGCAGUUGAUACACAUGGUCAUUUAUACACACACUGUGAGGAAGAGUUUUUAUUUCACUGGACAAACUCAAGCGCAAAAUACCGUCUCAACUCCCAACAAGUGUUGAUGGAGGGGUCAACCUCAGGUCAGACACCCGACUUGUGUCCGAUCGGCCUCACUGAGGUCAGGACAGUCAGUAAGUCUGUGACUGACACAAGAAUAAUAUGAUUCAGAA